AUUUGCAGGAGGAUACGCCUACGAGGAAAUAGGAGGAGAUCUAAGCGUCAGACUCCUUAAAUGAAAGUGAGACUUAGAGAAGCAGCAGCAGCUUCGACAACAAAGAGUCUGGUUACUUUCUUAAAGAAGAUUCAGCUCCAUCAAGUAUUCAUCUCUAAACUGACAUGUCAGCUACCAGCAAUUCUCUCUCUGAAGAUCAAUUUCUGUGCUCCAUCUGUUUGGACCUUUUCACUGGUCCGGUCACCACACCAUGUGGACACAACUUCUGCAAGAACUGCAUCACUCAAUACUGGGAUGUCAAUGAAAGCUGCAAUUGUCCGUUGUGUUUGAAGGAUUUCAGGGCAAGACCUGAAAUCCAGGUCAACACGUUGCUCUCUGGGAUGGUUGCUCAGUUUAGAGAGGAAGCUCAGCUGAAGGAUAUCGGCAGCCGCUCAGAACAACAGGCUGUAAAACAUGGAGAAGUUCUCUGUGACGUCUGCACUGGAACCAAACUUAAGGCUCUGAAGUCCUGCCUGGUGUGUCUGCUCUCCUACUGUCAAGCUCAUCUGGAGCCUCACCUGACUGCUCCACGUCUGAGGAGACAUCAGCUGAUGGAGCCUAUGGAGAACCUGGAGGACAGGAUGUGUCUGCAGCACGAUAAACCUCUGGAGCUGUUCUGCAAGACCGACCAGACAUGUCUCUGCUCGCUGUGCUCUGUUUUAGACCACAAGGACCACGAGUUUGUUCCUUUGGGAGAAGAAUCUGAAGGAAAGAAAGCAGAGCUGAGAAAGACAGAGGAUGAAGUCCAGAAGAUGAUCCAGAACAGACGACGGAAAGUACAGGAGAUUAAAGAGUCUGUGAAGAUUGGUAAAGAAGGUGUUCGUGUUUUCACUGCUCUGAAGGAGUCUGCAGAGACAGGCCUGAAGGAGCUCAUCAAGGAGAUCGAAGAUGAACAAAAAAAUACAGAGAAGCAGGCAGAAGGUUGUAUCAAAGAUCUGGAACAGGAAAUCUCUGAGCUGAUGAAGAGGAGCUGUGAGGUGAAGCGGAUCUCGGAGUCUAAUGACCACCUCCACAUCCUCCAAAGCUUCUCCUCCCUGAACGCAGCUCCAAACCUCAAGAAGCGGACGGAGAUCAGAUUCUGUCCUCCAUCGUAUGAGGGGACUGUGGAAGGGGCUGUGAUUCAGCUGGAGGAGGAGCUCAGGGAGAAAAUGAAGACCUUCAAACUGAAUAAAUUCCAACAGCAUGCAGUAGAUGUGACCCUUGACCCUGAGACGGCCCAUCCCAAACUCCGGCUGUCUGCAGAUGGAAAACAGGUUCACUGCGCAGAUGUUGGGCAGAUUGGUCCAGAAAACCCGAAAAAGUUUGUUAAUUUACUUUGUGUUUUAGGAAAAUCAGGUUUCUCCUCUGGCAGAUUUAGCUUUGAGGUUCUUGUGAAAGGAAAAACUCACUGGAUGGUAGGCGUCUCCAGUGAGACUACCGACAGGAAGAGGAUUAUUAUGCCCAGCUGUCAGGAUGGUUCCUGGGCUCUGAGUUUCUCCAGGUCCUGCGAGUACGAAGCUCUGUCCGACCCGCCGCUCCGUCUCUCUCCUCGGACCCGUCCUGAAAAGAUCGGGGUGUUUGUGGACUAUGAGGACGGUCUGGUCUCCUUUUAUGAUGCAGAUGCUGCAGUUCUGAUCCACUCCUUUACCAGCUGCAACUUCACUGGUAGAAUCUACCCGUUCUUCAGCCCUGCUGUUAAUUAUGGUGGAAAAAACUCUGCUCCUCUCAUCAUCUGUGCUGUUCAUCACACCAAGAAGAAACCAGCUCUUCCUGUAAACGCUUAGAGCUCAAAUAGCUGAACAAAAUAUCUGUUUAGCAACUUCAUUUUUUUCCCCAAAUUUGGAAUUUCUUAAGCAGAAAAUCACAAUAUUUAAUGCUUUCUGUAAAUAUGAACAUGUAAACAGCUUUUCUUUGUUGAAAGCUAGUGAGAGAUGUCUUAUAGCAAUAUAGUAUUUCUUGUUAUGUGUUAAAUAAGGCAGUAGUAGCCAAACCAUGCUAAAUUGGUAUAAAAAUACCUGAUAAUUAACUGGGCAAGUUUUAUUUUAAGGUAAUAAUAAAAUGCAAAGAUGAUUUCAGAUCUUAUUUAAUUUUUCCUUACAAAAGAAGACUGUUAUUGCAAUGUAAUGCAACAAUGAAAUGAAAUAAUUGAAGGUGUCAGGUGUAUUUCUUCCACAGUAAAGUGAGGAAAACGUAAGAAAAUGUAAAUGGACUUUAUUCUCUUUCUCCAUCCAGUGGAGGCUGGGCAUGAAUCUGGGCACAUUAUAGACA